GUUGCUUGUCAAUAUUCCUUAUCUUUUUGGUCAUCUUCACUUCAGUUACACUAGUACCGCGAAAUUCUGAUCAUUAGUAGAGAAUGCAGCAUCCACCUCGGCAGAAGUCGAAACUGUCAUACGACAAAGGACGAUGUGUGCCCGUUGGUUGGAAGCCUCUUGUUGUGGACCCUCGCGUGAGAAGCUACAUUUAUGCUAGAGCAAAGAGAACAUGCUUGGAGGCAAGAGACAGAGAAGCUCAACGAAGAGCAGCAGAGGAGAAGCAGCGUGAACGUGAGAAGAUGCGAGAACGUGUUGACGAGGAUCUCGAAGCUUGCGAAGCGGAGUUGGAGCGAGUGAAGGCGCGCCGAGAUGAAUUGGCAGCCGAGAAACAUGAAUGCUUCACAAAACUCAAAGCUUGCCUACAGAGGGAGUCGCUGCAGAAAAAGGCUGAUGAUGAACGAAAGAGAAGAGAGGUCAUCACCUUGCAACAGCAGCCUUUACUAGCGGCAGCCAUACAAGCACAAGCUCAAGCUCAAGCGCAAGCAGCUCAGGCACAAGCUGCGCAAGCUCAGACUUCUAAUCUAAUCUCAAAUCAACACCUUCUGACGCAGCAGAAUCUGCUGACCCAUCACUUUUCCACACAAAACAUAUUGAGUCAGCAAGCGCUGCUGCAGCAUCAGCAACUUCUAGCAGCACAGAAGUACCAAGAAUUAGCCCAACAAGCUCAGCAACGUGGUCUAGUACAGCAACCAGCUAUCCCGACUGCACCACAGAAUCUCCCCGCAGGCAUCAACGCAGCUUACCUCCAGCAAGCGCUUGGACAAGUGCAGGGCCUGCUGCCUACUGCAACACCAGCCGUCCCCGGCUUCAACGCUGCAGCUUCCGUGACAAGAGGUACUCCACCGAUUGCAAAUCCGUUAGUUUUCAAUCAGUUUGCGGUUGAUCCAAAACCGCAGCCGGCUACCACACAAGCAGCACAGUUGAAGGUAGAGACUGCUAGCCCACAAGUAUCGCCAGCACCACAGGCACUCGGUCAGCAGCCUUAUGGCCUGCAGCAGCUACCAGCCUCAUUUUUGUCAAAUUCGAACCCGUUAUUUACGCGAGCAUUUGCAAAUUAUCGCCAAGAUUUUGCUAAGCAUCUGGGUGACAGUAAUCCGGGCUAAUGACGCAUGGUAGACGUUUCUUAUCUCUUGAGACUACCUACAGGAAUGAUUUUGACAUUGGAGAAGAACAUCAUUUUACUCUUUUAAAUCCAUUAUCUCAGUCUAUUCCGUUGUGUGAUAGUACAUGUAUGCUUGUAUGCGGUGACUUUCGUCGUGCUUGUUGAGCACAUUCAUUGAUUAGGGUUCCUAUCAAAGCGCUAUGCUAUCACUUCACAUGACCGCUCCUCUAUUCGGAAACGGGUAAGCUAGGAUGGCUUGUUGUUGUGGUUCUCUGUAUCUUGGGGAUUUAUUGAGAUUCCAGUCGAUUUUAAGAUCUCUUACUCGAAUAAAAAUUACUGCUG